UAAUAUGCACUUGAGACAAAUAUUGACUGAAAUCUAAUUUCGUUUCUUUCUUUUAAAUAAGUAUGAAUAAUUUGAAAAAAUAUUUGCGGAAAUGAAUACUAAGCGAAACAUGGAAUCACCAAGGGGACGACAGACAAAAAAUAAAGAUGUAAAAGGAAAGAAAAAACGCAAAAUUAUCGUGCAGAACCUAUCUCGGAUGCCUGCCCAUUGUCCUGUGGCCGGCUGCUCUGACAUCAUAUUUCCGUCCAAUGUAAUGCUGCACAUGUUGCACAAGCACUCCAAUAGCACUUGCAUAACCGCCGAGGUAUAUGAUCAUCGACCAUUGCUGCUGACCUUCGAUCCGACUGGCUACGAGCGCGGAGACAACUACUGCAUCGCCGCCCUCAUGUAUGGAGGCGUAAAGGGAAAGCCAAAUACGCGACCGGGAGUGGAUAAUCUGAGCUUGCUGAAUUCGGGUCUGUUGAACAGUUACCGGAAGUAUGAGACCUACUUGCCCAUAAUGAUGAUGGCCUGCCGUACCACCUGGUUUGCUCAUAUGAAGGACAAGCAGCUGGAGCGCGAAAUGCUCUCAAAGAACGAAGGCAAGGGCGGCAUCUAUGUAUUGUGGCUGGUGUCUCCCAUUACCACGCGCAAGGUGUUUUACACACUCACCAUCUUCGAUCGUCACUACAUUAGCUCGCGUAGUUUGAUUCGCACGGUGCGCGACUACACCAACUUCCAGGAUCCUAGCGAUUUUUUACCCAUUGAUGAGAACUAUAUUAUGUUGCGCGACUCGGAUGUUCUCGAACUAAUGACCAUCAGCAGAUUGGCUCAGAGCAAAGGCGGAAAGAAGGGUCCACGCGGCAUUCCAAUGGAACUGAUUGUCUAUCAGACCCCAUUAAAGCACUCUGGCAAUCCCAGUAGUCAGGCAGAGAUGCAGGCGGCGCUGAAGGAGGCCCGGAAUAUGUACUCCACGUACAUAAUGCCACGCACUAAGGGGACUGUUAAUCGGGAAGUUUCGGGCAAGAUGUCACUCACCAGAAAGCCACUCUCCAAGACCAAGGCUAAUCUAGCUCAUGCCCAUGCCUUACAUUAAAUAUUUCUAGCCCCAAUUACAAUCUCUGCACCGAGCACGUCUGAUUUUGAAAUUUUAUGUUA